UAGUACAGUACCUACGAUUUACGAAAGGAAAUUAAUUUUUACUGUUCGGUUAACGAAUUCGGUACUAACGAUACGCGUACUUAACGAUGUCGUCCAAGCCGACACAAGAUUUACCGGCAGAAGAAGAAACAGACGAAGACUUCAUGACGAGAAUAACUCAACCUAGAAUAUGGACAGUCUUCAAAUCAGAAUUCAUUUUUCAAGUAUUUGUUGACGAGCGUUUCGACGAAGUCUUAGAUAUGUUUAAAAAUAAUUAUAUUUACGAAGAAUCACUAUGCAAUAAUAACACAUUGUCAUCAGAUCAAGAUUCAGUUGAUCAAUUUUUAUAUUUGAUCAAACAUUGGAUUUCGGAUACUCUAUCGUCCAUCGUAAUUGAAAAAAGCUCCGGGAAAUGUAUUGGAAUAAUUGUCUGCAGAUUUUGUUCGAUUGAAGAUAACUCAUUAGAGUUUAGCAGAUUGAGAUUGUACGAAGGAGAAAAGUGGAAUAUAAUACAGAAUUUCAAAAACUACUUAAGCCAAAAAGUUGACAUUUACAAAUAUUACAAAACCGUAGCAUUCUUCAGAGUUUACGCUUGGUUUAUUCUUCCUCCGUAUAGAGGUCAAGGACUGGGUAAAAAACUGUUGGAGUGCGUAAUCAAUCAGCAGUUACCCGAGAUGGUGCAUCUGGGGUGUAACGUAAUAUCAGGAAUAUUCACAAACAAAAAGAGUCAAGGAAUAGCGAAUUCUUUGGGUCUGAAAACUUUGUACGAGGCUAAUUACCCCGAGUGGGCUAAUCAAAACAACGUCAUGUUGAAUAAAAACGUGAAAGCCGAAAAUACAACAGCCAGUGUGAUGGCUUGUCAAAUAAAUCAGAAGCAAACUCUGCAGUCAUAAUGUUAUAUUAUCAUAUUAUUUUGACAUAGUGUUAUAAUGUUAUAUAUUACCGUCAUUAUCUGGAUAUAAUAGUAGUCUUUGAUUUUAAUCAGUUCAUUUAAUUGAUUUUCGAUUUUGUUUGAUUUAAUUUAUUUUAUCACGCCUAGAGAUGAAUAAAUGUUUAAAAUAGAUUUGAAUUAUUAUUAUUUUUAAUGUACACAUCCAACAAAAAAUUCUGAUGCAAAUAUACACGGGCAAAUAGUGAUUAUUUGUUUAAUUUAAUUAGAAUAUGACAUGCAAUUAUAUUAUACUAUUAUAGCUGAUAUUUGUAUUAUUACGUUCGAGUGACCACAAAAAAUAGGUAUAGGUCAUAGGUAUUAACCAAUUGAAAAAAAUUCCGUUUUAUGUUAUUUACAAUUAAAACGUUACACAAAUUUUGCGUUUAUCGUUAUUUAAAAUAGUGUUAAUACCUAUUAAAUUUAAAAAUAAUAACUAAUGCGGGUAGGUAAUGGCCCGGAUACGGAAUAUAAUAUAACCAAUUCUUAGAUUGUUUGCAUGAA